AGAUAAUGGUAUCAUGAUGGAGGAUCACCGGCCUCUCACAUCACCAGUUAAGGAAGAGAGAAGAACACCGGAGAGAUGUCCCAGUCCUCUUCUUCCACAGGAGGGUUCAGAAGGACUCAUUUUACCAUCAGAUGACUGUACCAGGAGCUCAAACGAACAUCUAGUAGCUUCCGACUUUAAAGCAGAGGAUCAUGGUUUCAAGCAAGAUACAUAUGAAGAGCAUGCAAUUAUCUCAGUUGAACCCUCAGCCUUUAACAGCAAAGAUCCAUCAUCUGAUCCUUUGGAUCAGUUCCAAUCUUCUGAUUCAUCACAGAGUGUUAAGCAAAUUCAAAUUAACACAAGAAGAGUUCAACAUCAAAGAAAUCACACAGGGGACAAGCCAUUUUCCUGUUCAGAAUGUGGAAGAUGUUUUAACUAUAAAUCAAAUCUUGUUAAACAUGAGAGAAUUCACACAGGAGAGAAGCCCUAUUCAUGUUCACAAUGUGAAAAGCAUUUUAACAGUAAAUCACAUCUUGUUAUACACGAGAGAAUUCACACAGGGGAGAAACCAUAUUCCUGCUCAGAAUGUGGGAAAGGUUUUAACCAGAAAUCAAAUCUUUUAAAACAUGAGACAGUUCACGCAGGGGCGAAGCCAUUUUCGUGUUCAGAAUGUGGAAAAUCUUUUAACUAUAAAUCAGAUCUUAUUAUACAUGAGAGAAUUCACACAGGGGAGAAGAUAUUUUCCUGCCCAGGAUGUGGGAAAGGUUUUAACUAUAAAUCACGUCUUAUUGAACAUCAGAGAAGUCACACAGGGGAGAAGCCAUUUUCCUGUUCAGAAUGUGGUAAACAUUUUCAAAGUAAAUCAUAUCUUGUUAUGCAUGAGAAAACUCACAGAGGGGAGAAGCCAUUUUCUUGUUCGGAAUGUGGGAAAUGUUUUAACCGUAAAUCCAAUCUUGUUGAACAUGUCAAAAUUCACAGAGGAGAGAAGCCAUAUUCCUGUUCAGAAUGUGGGAAAUGUUUUAUCCGUAAGUCAAAUCUUGUUAUGCAUCAGAGAAUUCACACGGGGAAGCCAUUUUCAUGACCAGAUUGUGAAAAAAUAUUUUACGGUGUAAAACUGUUAGCAGAUAGGAUCGCAUGGGAAAAAUUUUGGAGUGUUGGAUUUUUCGCAACUCCCGUGUCGGGGUCACAGCAAACAUGCGAUUCACUCUGUAUUGCCAUUGAUUUCUGUUUGAUUAUGACUUCUCUGCAAAUCCCCUGCGAUCCUGGCCAUGACCAGUGUCACCAUGUAGCCGUACCUUUACUCAGAAAUUAACUAUUAUUGACCAUCAAAUAAUUGAUAGAGAGGAGCAGCCAUUCUGAUAUGCGGUAUUUGGAAAGGGUUUUAGCUAAAAGUUAACUCUAAUAGCACAUCAAAGAACUUACACAGGAAAAAUAAUUUCAGGUCCAAAAUGUGGGAAAUAUGUUAACCACAAAUCACAUCUUUUUAAAUGUUAACCCCUUAAGGACCGAGCCAGAUUUUUUAAAUAUGGUAGCUUUCCAAAAUGGUUAGUACAACCUCACUUCCGAGUUCCUAAAAUAAAAAGUUUAAAAGUGUACCUAGAAGAAUUGGUGCUGAAGGCAACGGGUGGUCACACCAAAUAUUGAUUUGAUUUCUUUUCAGUUUGGUUGUAUUUAGUUUUUUAUAUAAAGAGCCAUUUGAAUUAUUUCCAUAGAGAGUUUUUUGGGUUUCGAUGCCGACCAAGGACAACAUCUGCAUGGAGUUUUUAUGUUCUCCCCGUGUUUGCGUGGGUUUCCUCCGGGUUCUCCGGAUAGGGAACUUAGAU